GCUCUUGCUUUCUACAGCUCGGUGAACCCGUAUAGCAUGAGGCCGAGUUAUUCAGGCACCCGGCGUCCUUCGAAUCCUGAUCCUUAUGGACACCGGAUGCCACACUAUCUGGCUGGUUUUUACACGGAACGGUAUGGUUAUCCACCGGCAUUCUACGCGGGCUACGUCGGGGUUCCUUAUAAUGGAUACGGUUACGUACACCCUGCUAGCAGACAAUCUGGGUCCCCUGGUGAACGGUUUUACGCCCAGAGUUAUCGACCACGACGGCCUUAUCCGUAUCCAAAUCCGUACUACCAACCCGAUAAUCACCAGCGUCUGGAUCCCGGAGCGAACCCUCGAACGGGACGAGUUCAGCAUCCGUCGGAAUCUCAACGUGGCUCCACUUCGAGGAGGACAAACGAUCAAACAUAUGAACCGAAACCUGUACUACCGGCUCGCCGAAGGCGGAAGAAACGGGGAGCGAAUGUGCAGGGACCGUCGGGCUCAUCGGAAACCCAGCCAAACAUUCCGGACAGUCCACCAGAACCCGAACCAGCCACCUCGGACAAACCGUCUGAACUGCAGCCAACCAGUGUAGACAGCUCUUCUGAAGAGGAGCCAGUGAUCGAUGUUGUAUGCCAGACUCCUGAACCUGCAAGUAGUCCGCUAGUUGGCAUCUCAUCUUCUAUGAUAAUAACUCCUUACCGAACUAUGGACGAUGUUGAUUAUAAUUUACGAGAAAAGUUGAUCCACCAGCUGCGUCAUGGACAGUACCAGUGUCUGAUCUGUAUCUCACGUGUCCGACAGCGUGAUCCCAUCUGGUCAUGUUCCACCUGUUUUCACAUCUAUCACUUAUCUUGCAUCAAAUCUUGGGCUGAAAAGUGCAAAGCUACUGCCACCGGCGAGCAGUCCGAUGUGACAUCUCAAGCCUGUUGGCGCUGUCCGGCCUGCCAAACCAAACAGGUGUGCGAUGAGGAUGGUAAGGACCAACCAUUGGAAUAUAUAUGCUUCUGUGGAAGAGUCCGUAAUCCAGAGUAUCACCCGGCUCGAACAAGCAUCCCACAUGGCUGUGAUGAGAUGUGCGGGAAGCUGCGGACAUCAUCCGGGCCAAAGGACGAGAGUACAAAAUAUUUGCGCCAAACUAUGUGUACGCACCCUUGUACGGAGCUGUGUCACCCUGGUCCUUGUCCACCUUGCGUUACACGGGUCUCGAUGACCUGUCCUUGCGGUCGCAUACAACAAUCUAUGGCAUGUGGGGAUGCGCCUCCUGCACCAUGUGGACAACUGUGCAGCCAAAGUCUCAGUGAAACAGGCUGCUCUUGUGCCUGUGGCAUACACACAUGUCUAUAUGGUUGUCACACCGACCAGUGCCCGCCUUGCCCCUGGCAGCUAGAAAUCGCCUGCUUUUGUGGACGAGAGGAAAAGACGAUUAUUUGCGGAAGUGAAGAUGCAAAGAAAAUUGAUUUCACGCCUAGCAUACAAGAUUUGAUACAGACAGCAUAUGUAGAGUUCCAGUCCAUGGAUCUGACUAAAAUCGCUGCGGAACGCUCAGAGGUGGACAUGGACAGCUCACGUGACCAAGCCAGCUUUCUCUCUGAAGCCCUGCAUGCUGUGGCACUUUCCACUCCGGUGACGAAUGUCCCACAGAGUCAGGAUGGAUCGAAAAGUGUAGACACACAGAAACCAUUAGUUCCGCUACUCAUUCCACCUGUCGUCAAACUGGGUUCUUCAUUUUCAUGUUCGCGAACGUGCGAAAAACAACUGAGCUGUGGGAAUCACACUUGUGCAGAUCCUUGUCAUUCGGGAGACUGUAAGCCCUGUUCACUGGAACCUUCGCGUUGUUUCACUUGCCCUUGUGGCCGAGUGGCUCUCUCCAAACUGGUUUUGUCAGGAGAUGUUUCUGGAGAUAGGACUUCGUGUGUUGAUCCUGUGCCUCUAUGUCCCAAUGUAUGCGCCCGGCCGCACUCGAUGUGUGGGCAUCCGUGUCCCCUGACUUGUCAUUCAGGACCUUGUCCACCGUGCGAACUCUCAACCACUGCAAAGUGUCGUUGUGGUCGCACCUCAAAGGAACUAACUUGCGCGCGGUUCGAGGAACUAGCUAGGACUGAAGGCUUGCUGCAAAUGCUUUGCGAACGAAUUUGCAAGCGAAAAAAGGUCUGCGGUCGUCACAAAUGCAAAAAUAAAUGUUGCGACCUAACUGCUCACUCUUGUUCGGAGAUUUGUGGUCGACGUCUGACUUGUCAGAGGCACAACUGCGAGGAGCCGUGUCACCCCGGGCCUUGCGCUACUUGCUGGCGUGGUGUUAUCUAUACGGAACUCUACUGUCGCUGCGGUCUCACUGUUCUACCGCCACCUCAGCCUUGCGGUUCAAUCGGACCAGAAUGUGUUCAGCCGUGCAAUCGCGUCCACGACUGUGAUCAUCCCGUUCGACACACUUGUCACAAUGAUCCCAUCUGUCCCCCUUGCACUGUUCUGCUUACUAAAGAAUGUCCAGGCGGUCAUGGAGUCCAAUUCAGUAUGCCUUGCUUCCAGCCUGUGCUCAGUUGUGGUCGCGCGUGUGGAAAGCGGCUGCCUCGCUGUUCUCACACUUGCCAGAGGCCAUGCCACGUUGGUGAUUGUAUUGAGCCCUGUGCCUCCGAACAAGCUUACCCGUGUUCACAACCGUGCAAAAAACUUAGGCCGGAUUGUGGGCACCCUUGCAAAUUGCCCUGUCACGAAGCCAAAGGUCAGACCUGUUUGCAGGCAGCACUAGCGGUCAAAAGGGGGACACAUGCUUUCUCCGGCCGCACAGCUGCAAAACUGCCACCUUGUCAACAUCGUGUUGAUAUAGUCUGUUCAUGUGGCCGAAGAAAAGAUCAACAAGCUUGUCACCAGGUGCAGUCCAAACUGUAUGCCCUUGCCCUGCAAGAGCAGUCCUCUGGGGAACCGCACCGUAGUUUCAAGUUGAAGGAAAGAACUGGAGAACCCCUGAAGCUCUUGGUGUGUGAUGAUACGUGCACAAAAGCUGAACUGACUUCCAAGGCUCUGGAAAGCCGAUAUGCGGAUACUUUAACGUGGAAACGAGACGCUCAGGAGGGCCUUCUGGUCAUGCCCGACACUGAGGCUGCAGAUGACUCACAAACUUCUUUUGAACCCCCCGAAUAUUCGGACUUUCUCCGCCAGUACGCACUCAGUAAUUUCGCAUUUGCUGUUGGUGUAGAGCGACAAUUUUACAGUAUGUUGACUGAGCUGUGGAAACCUACGGAAAAACAGGGAGCCCCGCCUGUACGUGUGCUCAACCACCAUUUCCCUCCAAUGAAUAAGAAACGUCGGCGUUUCAUUCGAGAGCUGGCUGAAUUCUACGGCAUGGAGUGUUACACAUUCGAUCCGGAACCUAGCCGUCACGUGAUGGUUUUGGCGAAACGCGGCGAAGCCCGAUUGCCCGGACGGACCAGCGACCAUCGAGCCUGUCUGACCAACUCGCUGCAACGUGAUUUCAAGGGAACUGUUCAUGUCCGUGAGGGUAUUCGUGUGCCCAAAAAGCCUGAAAAGAAGACAGGGCUUCCCCCACCAUCGACUAUGGGCAUGUCUUACGCUCAAGUACUUAGAAGAAAUUGCUCUCAGUGAAAGUCAGGAUACUACCGGGAUCUUUCUUCCAUAUUUUGUGGUGACUUGUUUUCCCGGUUUUUUAUGGUGAGGAUUAUGAGUUCCCUCUGGAACUUGCUAUCAACCGAAUGUAAACAGAUUUUCCUCGAGACGUGAGUAGAAUAUCAGAGGGCAUUUACCGUUUCCGUUCACUACACUUUUAUUACCACUCCGGGCAGAGAGGAAGUAGAUUUGUCCAUUUUGGUGUGUCAUUAUUUAUUUUU